AUGCGCAUCCUCUUUACUGUGGUAGCAAAAUUCCCACCGCAGUCGAGAAGAUUAAUCACAGGGGUACCGAGUAGAGGCGCAGAGGCCCUGGAGAACGGCGACAGUCGCACAUUCUCGCGCUUUCUGUACACAGGGGGAAACGUUGAGAAUUUUCGCUUGAAAGAGAGGAAAAUUCGUCGCUUUUCCACGCAACCUGAGGGACAAGUAAAGAGCGCAGAGCAGGAGCCCAGAAAUUUGCAGCAAAUCGACCAGAGGAGCCACGGGGCCUACACCAAGUCGGAGGAGUUCAAGGCCCCUAGGUUGGACAAGAAGGGCUUUGAAAGGGACAACUUUAGGCGUCUUAGGCCAUUUUUAAAGUUUCUGGCCUUUCAGAGCAUCCCAGUGGCGGUUCUGGCCUUUAUAUACAAGAAGCUCGAAAAGAGGAAGCUGGAACUCCAGUCUGUACCACUAGAGAGCGUCGAAGAAGUAGUGGAACACGUCUGGAAAGUUGCAAAGGAAGCAACCUGCUUUUGCGAAGCCAACGGAAAGUUUCUUCAGAUCCACCCAGUUUUAGAAAGAACAUGUGGAUUUAUUCGUGGACGUCCGUUAAAGACUUCGUUAGAUCUGGAUUUGUCUGCUCCUCUUCCUGAGCAAGUAACGACAAUUAGCCUCAAUGAUUAUGACAGGGCCCACUUGUAUACCAUCAAACCAGAGUAUGCGAACGAAUACAAGAUUGGAAAAGUUGUAGAUGGUUCCAUACUUGUAUCUGAAGAUCACUUGAAAAUUAUAGAGAGGAAGGUAUUUUUUGCUUCAAAUUCUGACAAUGUAAAAUGUGUUGAGAUUGUAAAUGCAUAUAUCAACAAUGAAAAUAAUAUUGCAAAAGACUUGGAGGAGUUUGAAAUGUUACCUAGUGACGAAAUCUACCAUCCAGUUAUUCGCAUUCCUAUCGAGCUUAAUCUUUUUCAAACGACCUCUACAAAAUUUAUACAUGUGGAGACUAUUAUGGAAAAUGUUAGACAUUAUUCUGUACAACAAUACCUAAAAUAUGACGUUGUCAUUGGUAAAGUCAAGUAUGGUGAAUACAUUCUGGAUGAUGCAGUUGAGGGAGUUUUACAAAAGCGGGUGGUAUUUAGCAAGUCAGAAGAAGAAUAUAGUAUUGAAAUAAUCUCCAUUAUGAAUGAUUGGACUCGAGUAAAGUCACAAUACGUCUCUAGAGGGGAGGAUAAACCAUUUUUGCUGACUCGCAAAAGUGUAGAACAUAUGCCAUGGUGA